CAAUUGAAACAGACCGAAACCAACUGCGAGAUGUAUCGCGCCGUCAUGGAGGAGGUGGCACGCUUCUUCGAGCGCUACCAGCAGCAGCUGCAUCUGCAGCAGACCCACCGCCACGGGGAGCAGAUCGCACGCUCCAAGAGCCUGCACCAUGUCCACGGAGUGGGAGUGGGCGUGGGCGUGGGCGGUGGCUCCUCGCUGCAGGGCGACCAGCGUGGCGAUGCCCUGCUCCUGCACGAUGAGGACCAUGGAGCGUCUGCCUCGUAUCUGCGGGCCCGGAGCAGCACCAAUCUGAUGCUCAACAAGUCGAUGCACGCGAUGAACGAGGAGCACAACUACGAGCCGAUCGCCCCAGCCGGCAGCUACAAUGCCUUCAAGGAUUUCACAUGGCGACGCUCCCCGAAGAAAAGUGGAGGCUGCAAGGCCCGCCUGUCCGGCCCAGAGGCAGCCGAGGAGAAGCUCAACCAGGAGGCCUUCCGCCUGGCGCGCACCAUCAGGAAUCUGCUGCACACGUCCGAGCAGCAGCCGGAUCUCACGCAGCCGCGCCACUCGCUGGCCUCCGUCUACUCGCUGCCCGGCAGCGGCAACGGAAACGCCAACGGAAACGGACACGGAAACGGACACGGAAACCACAUGCCGCAUCUCCAUCGGCUGUGCAAGGCGAAGACCAGCUCCGUGAUGACGCUCCUCCAGACGCCGCCGCGACACAACUCGACGAGCAUCAUGAAUGCCAGCCUCUCGAUGGAGGUGCCCUCGCCCUGCCCCUCGGCCUCGACAGGCGGCGGCUCUGGGGGAGGGGGAGGCGGAUCGAGCAGCACAGAGGAUGAGAGUGGAUUCAGUUCCAUCAGCUCCUUCCACGACGUGGGCCUGCCCCUGAGCUCCACCCUGAUUGCAGGAGGAGGGGGAAUCAAUCACCAGAGUCGUCCUUCUGUCACCGCCACAGACAGCCGCAACUCGACGCUCAAGUCGGGGGCCCUGAAUGUGCUGGGGGUGCCCGUGCCCCACCCGAAUCCGCAGCAGAGCAAUCCGCAGCCCUCGAAGACGACGUACAGGAAUGCAGGCCGCUAUCAGCGCUUCUCCACUCUGUCCAACGAGGAUGCAGCCGCUGUGCUGUGGGUCUGA